UUUGGUGCACACAGUGAAAAUCUGGCUGCAUUCAGUGAUGCUUUUCCCGUCGUUGGGUCGGGAAUAGUUGCCAAUGGAGUUGUACGAAUGGAUGAAAGAGCAGAUGUGCUGCUAAUGCUCCUUCAGCUUACCCAUAGGCAGCGUUGGAUAAGGUCAGAUAAAAUACCAUUUGGCCUUUUGCAAAGGCUAGCAGAGGCGAGCGAAAAGUUCUUUAUCCCCGCCAUAAUGGAGUGUCAUAGAGCCGCCGCUUUCAAACACCCAUUGGAGGUUUUCAUGUAUGCCUGUAAACAUGGGUAUGAUGAUACCCGUGAUGCAGCGGCUCCAGGAACCCUCGACCUUCCAUUUGAAAGUACCUUACGCAUACUCAGAAGAUACCCUUCAAUAUGCACCUCCUGGGUUUGUGAAAACACACACUUUUUUGAAAUCAUGUAUGACUUCAUUUACCCCAGAUUUCGUUUCGCUAUCGAUAUGUGGAGGCAUCUGUGCAACUCUACAGUCAUGACCCAGAUUUUGAACAUUGCAAGCAGUGUUUCUACUGGAAAACCUUCUGGCGCCGAUCCGUUCUGUCGUUGA